GCACCCUUUGCCCUUUCUUCACAGAUUAGCCAGCCCUAAGCAAGCUAGCCGCCAUAUUUUGUUUUGCUGUUGUAUUUUCCGAGUUUGAGGUUAUUCUAAACGUGAAGAAGCCGCUAUUGUUUUUGAAUAUUCCAUUAAUCUAACAAAUAAUCAUGAAGCUAGUUAGGUUUUUAAUGAAACUCAGCCACGAAACUGUCACAAUUGAGUUGAAAAACGGAAGUGUCGUUCACGGCACCAUCACCGGCGUCGAUGUAGCAAUGAACACCCAUUUGAAAGCUGUGAAAGUUACGUUGAAAAACAGAGAGGAGCUUCAGUUGGAGACGUUAAGUAUACGUGGGAAUAAUAUCCGCUAUUUCCUACUACCGGACAGUUUGCCAUUGGAGACACUGUUGAUCGACGACGCACCCAAAGGUAGAGGGAAACGUGAAGGUUUUCCAAGAGGCGGAGCGAGAGGUGGUCGCGGCAGGGGCCGUGGUGGCCGUGGAGGCCCGAGAGGAGGCCGUGGGGGACGCGGCCGUGGCCGACGUUAAAGUUUUCAUAGUCAAUAAGUUAAAUUCCAUAAGUUUCGUGAUUACACUAAGUCUUAAGAGGUUAUGCUGUUUUAUUUGGCGGUUAACGCUUAUUAAAACCAAAGUCUGAAAUAAAUCGUGUAAAACUAAUUGCGAAAUUACGAUUUCAAACCAAAUCUGGUGUCAUAAUA